AUGUUCCUAAAUCGUGGAACGGAUCGAAAAAAGAUUAAUGCGAUGAUGAUGAAAGAAUGCUUAGGAAAUUACAAACCGUUGGGAUAUUAUACAGUGACUACAACUCUUGACUAUGGAUAUUCCAAUACAUUAGAAUUAAUCCAAGAAAGUAAAUCAAAUAUCAACACUUUCGAUGAUUCUGUUAAUGAAGAUGAAACAUCAAAGGGUUAUACAACUUCUCCCA